GCUGCUAGUGCGGCCGACUGAGCACUCCAGAGGUGCGCCUGCGCACUGACCCCGGCGGGCCCUAGCAACCAGAGCAGUGACGGUAGCAACCGCCGGAAUGGCAAAAGCAACAACAAUUAAAGAAGCCCUGUCCAGAUGGGAAGAAAAGACUGGUCAGAGGCCGUCUGAGGCCAGAGAGAUAAAACUGUAUGCCCAGAUCCCCCCGAUAGAGAAGAUGGAUGCAUCUCUGUCCACACUUGCCUGCUGCGAGAAGCUUUCCCUGUCUACAAACUGCAUUGAAAAAAUUGCCAACCUGAACGGCUUAAAAAACUUGAGGAUUUUGUCGUUAGGAAGAAACAACAUAAAGAACCUCAAUGGACUGGAAGCAGUAGGAGACACGCUAGAAGAACUGUGGAUCUCCUACAAUUUCAUUGAGAAGCUGAAAGGGAUCCAUGUGAUGAAGAAACUGAAGAUUCUCUACAUGUCUAAUAACCUGGUAAAAGACUGGGCUGAAUUCGUGAAACUGGCAGAACUGCCAUGCCUGGAAGACCUGGUGUUCGUAGGCAAUCCGCUGGAGGAGAAACAUUCUGCCGAGGGCAACUGGAUCGAAGAAGCAACCAAGAGGGUGCCGAAGCUGAAAAAGCUGGACGGUACUCCAGUAAUUAAGCAGGAUGAGGAAGAUGAAAACUAAGGCCGUACUUUACACUUUGUGUUAAUUUAUUUAAACGUUAUGAGAACAAUAGAUAUGUUUUGUAUAAUUGUCUAUUUUAAAGAUUAUGUGAGAGCAGAGUUCUGAAGAUAAUACAUCUCUCACUCCCUUCCUAAAACCCUGUUCAGUGUUUCCCCUCAGACCAGCAGUGCCCGCUCUGGUGCAGCCCACCUUCAGAAACUGCAGAUUCCCAGCUGUGUCCAGUUAUAGACCACACCACCUGUCCCCUAAAGUGUACACGCCAGUCGUUUCAACAGCAAAGGGACCUCCUAUUUGUUCUCAAUUGCUUAGUAUGGGGGGGGGGGCAAUCAUUUUAAAGGUAUACUUUCAAGUCUGUAAAGGUUCAUGUCCUUAUAACUCCAAAGCACAAAAGCAUCUAUCUCCCACGGGCUCGGAAGGCAGCACGCUGAUGGGAAGUGUUCCUGUUAGAACACAGCUGUACCUAGGUCCAAGAGUCCAGUGUCCAAUGGGAAACACUGGUGAGAAGAGGAAGACUGACUGGCUUGGAGUCUCCUUAGCUCCUGUUAUAUUUACUUAUUCUUCUUCCAAAACUGUGUGCACUGUCAACUGGAAUUUAGGUUGUGGUCCAUGGAUGCCCACUGGAGUCAUGUACAACCAGACACCCUGACCCCCAUCAGUGACUAAUGCAGCUGGCGUGAUCACCCCUUUGAUAGUCAUGUGACCACAUCAGCUCUUGUGGACCUUGCCUUAUGCAGAUUUUAAGACAGAAUUUCUCAUCUGUUUAAAGCAGUAGUCUAUAGUUCUAACUACCUACCAUUGAUAUUGGUAAAAACUUUUCCCUAAUAAGUUAUCCCAGUGCCCUUUGCUUUAUGGCUAUAAGGGUACAAACUUAAAGACUGAAUUUGGUAGCUCUAAAUAAAUGAAAUAGUUUUUCAAAAUAUAUUUUUGAGACGAUCUAAGUUAAGCAGCUUGAAGUGUAUCAUGUAAGUGGUGUAGAGGGAAGAGAGAUGUUGUGGGAUGGAUCCCAGGCAAAUGGCAAUGUCUGGAGAUGUCUCCUGUGGAUCACUGGAGGUGUCUUUGCCUCCAGUCUGCAAAGCAAUAGUUAGCUGUGGAGAUUAUCGUUUCUCGUGUAAGAAAAAUAUCCUGAAAAAUGGGAAACAUCGUCAGCACCAGACGGAGUCUUCAGUGUGGGCAGUGUUAAAAGCAUUGACCGCAGAGAAGAAGUCAGGACCCCACCAAACUGUGCCUAAAGUCUCAGAGAGGCUCCCGGUUCCUGUUCCGUCUCCACGUGAUUCUCCUUAUUUUAAUGAUUACAUUAGUCUUGAUUUGAGAAAUUUAAUAGCUAUCAUUUUAAUCAGAAUGACUUCAGUCCUCCAAGAGUCAAAUUGAUCAAAAGGGACCACUGCUUUGACAAUCCUCUAACUCUAAAUCCAAACAAGAAUGCCUAGUCUUGGGCUGGAGACAGCUGAGGCUGAGACCACUUGCUCAGGACCUGAGGUCACAACCGCCUGCAUCUCCAGGGGAUCUGACACUGUUUUUGGCCUUCUGGGGUACCAGACACACAAGUUACACAGACAUACAUGGAGGCAUACUCAUGAAACAAUACAUUUUUCAAAAGAACACCUAGUCUAAUACCUUAUAUAUUUCUUUGAAGUUGUUCUGAUGGGAAGAAACUACCCUGCCGGGCUUAACCAUUUAAAACCAUUGACAUUUCUAUUGUGAGCCACAGGGUGAGACUUCCUUCUCCUUGGUGAUGCCAAAGGCCCACAAGCUGAGAGGGACACUAUUGUUACUGUAGUUUGCACUGUUUCUAUGCAUGGCUCUACUUCCUAAAAGGUACCCUGGGAGUGAGUAUGGGAAGUGAAUGGCUUCAUACUGGAUCUGUGAAAUGACUUACAGUAUAUGUGGUUUUUUCUCAAAUUCUGUAAUUGGGAGCACCCCUCCCCCAUUUCUUAAUGUCUUUUAAUUAGGGGUGGUUCUCAGAGAUAUGUAAGGUGCUUUUCUGUGUCCAUUUCACACAAACAUCAUUUUCGGCUCUUAUCCACAAAUAUUGGAAUGAUUUUGAUGCAUCUCUGUUUCUGGAAUUAAAGCCAAAUGCACUCAGUUAGGAAAUGGAAUGGGAGGCUGGAUAUAUGAAAACAUUAAGGAUAUCCUGUCAGAUUAUUCCUUAAGUCUUCUUUUACUGUUAAAACUGUAGUUGAUAUAGGAUGUUCUUGGCUUAUGCCAUUCAGAUUGUAGACUGGACCACUUUGGAGUAGAUGCUGUCUGCAUUCACGUGAACUUCUGCUGUUCUUACAAUGGGAGAGUGCUAAAAUCAGCCCAGUAUUUUAAUUUUUCACAGUCGGUAUGAUGUUGGUAGAUCAGAAUUCUGCUUUCUGGGUUUCUUAAUUGCUCGUGCAGGGGAAUUAGCCGGUGCAGACUUCUGGUGCGACUGUGGGCACAAGGAUGCCCUCCCUAACUGGUCAGUAACUCGCAUGCCCUGCGUAUGGCUCUGCAGUGGAAAUAGGUGUUGAGCAGGUGUUUCUUCCGAUACCUUUGCCAGUGGUCUGAAAGCAAAAUAAGGAACAAUAAAACCUAAAUCUGUCAUUGGCUGAGAAUUGGGAACACAGGAUUGGAAUCUUUUACCCAAGUUUUCCUUAAGGUUAGCAUGAAAACGCCCAGGAAGUUUAGAUUUCAUCAUUCACUUUGAAAAAUGGGUGGGGGAAGUGUCGUGAGGAGCCAUGAACGGUGAAGCCGUGGUAAAGGAAGAAAACCAGAUUGCAAGCCUUCCCCACAGUCAGCCGCAGACACACUCUGUCUGUGUGAGCCGAUGGUCUGAGAGUAAGGAGCUGGUUGGAGCUGUUUGCGACAGCUGACUUGUCCAAGUUCCUUUAUCUAUACCUAGUGUGGCUUACUCACUCUUCUCAUAAAAGUAGAAAAGGGGGAAAUUUAAAACCUAGGGUUACAUUGAGAAAUGCUAAACUUUUAGAAUUCCGUGUUUAUCUAUCCCUGCUUUGUUCAUCAUGAGUGGUAAGAAAGGAAACCGAAAGGAAAAUCUAGACUUCUAGCCUGAUAUAAAUUGGUUCACUUGACAUGUGGAGAAAUUGUAAUCAUAUUCUCAUUAAUUUCCCAUAUUGGGCAGAUUAGAGAGACAACCAAAUUAUGAUCUAACAAAUUUAGCAAGGAGGUAGAGAAAACAAACUAUUUUUCUAGUAGAUUUGCACUUUAAAAUUGUGAGUGUGGCUGAUGGCGAAACUACUUCCAGAGGGGAGGUGGGCGCAAGCCAGCUGCACACAGGUGGGCCAGACUCAGAGACUCCAGCCCUUGCCACUCUGCUGAUAUUGCUGUCUGUCUUCAGGUGCAAGGUCAUCCCUCUGGGAGGGUGCGAAAUAGCAUUCCUAUUCAGAAUAGAAACUGUGGGUAUUUCCUUCCAUUAUCUAAGUUUCUUUUUUCUUUUGGUUUUUCGAGGCAGAGUUUCCCUGGCUGUCCUGGAACUCACUCUGAGGACCAGGCCGCCCUUGAACUCAGAUCUGCCUGCCUCUGCCGGUGCUGGAGUUAAAGGCUUGUGCCACCAUGCCCAGCCCCUAUCUAGAUUUUAAAACUUGAUGUUGGUGUUGACUACAUUACAUGGGUAGGAGUUUAGCUCCUGGCUCACUGGAUCCCUGUGGGGGGAGAGCGCUGAUACUGCCGCCCAGUGGGACCACUCCUGUCGAUGCCGGCAGUGGAGAGCAGGCGACACACAGUCCAGCUGCUUCUCCCAGGUUGCCCGUAAUGGCCAGGAGCGUCAUUCUAGAGCCAUGUUCAUUCUGAAGAAGAUUUGAAUAUCUGUACUGCUUUGGUAAUAGUCUUUUCUACACAGGACUUUUGUAGCAUGACUUUAUGACUAAACUUUGUGUGUUAAAUUAUUUAGUAAUAUUGAGUUUCUGAAUGUUAUUUUGUGAAACUUGUUUUAAAAUAGUAAUAAAUCAUGUUAUUUUAUAA